CUGAUUCAAGGGUUAUUUUCUUGAACCCAGGAAACUCUAUACAAGGUCAUCCUGGAAAAGUUAGAAUUAUGGCUACGGCUAUUUCGCCAUUUGCGUCUACGAAAGAGACUACCAACUAUGCAAGGUUAUGCCGCCUCCUGGUGGAUGUUGGAUCUCAGGUGCUUCGGUCCACUUUUGACGCAAUACAUCCACCAGCGACUCUACAUACAGUUUUGGGAAGUACCUCAGUGCAUUACGCCACAUUGCAAUCACUGUAUAAAGGGAGGAAGAAAGUGCUUAAUCCCACGCAAUGGGGGAAGUUCUACCCUUCUCACACACCCGUGUCUUCUGCAGCCUUCGAUAUCACACUUCUAACGGUGCUUCUUAGAAAUAUCUGUGGUUUGGGCCCCCCUGCCAAUGGAUGGGAUCGUCUUCCCCUAGCUACAAACAUAAGCAUCGCAGAUGACAUCGCGAGAGUGAAGUAUUACAGGAACACUGUAUACGGCCAUGCUUCUCAAGCCUCUGUGGAUGACAGUAGUUUCAGUGCUUACUGGCAGGAAGUAAAAGAAGCUUUGGUGAGACUGGGAGGAGCUGAUUUUAGAGCUGAAAUCGACAAUCUUGAGCACGACUGCAUGGAUCCAGAUAUCGAGGAGCAUUAUCGUGAACUGAUGAAACAAUGGAAGAAAGACGACGACAGCAUCAAAGACAAGCUUGAACAAAUUGAAGAUUCACUGGGUGACCUCAGAGACACAACUGAGAAGAUAGAGAUUGAAAUGAAGGAGGUUAAAGAGACGCUUAGUAGCCUGACGACCACAGUGGAAAAAAGCGCAGAUGAAGAUACCACUAAAGGGUCUCUUGAGCAAAUGGUAGGCGAAAUGGCAAAGAUGGAUUGCGAACUUAGAGAAGUGAAGGAGAAGUUGUGUUCUCUAACAGCCCCAGUGGGAGGAAGCAAAGAUGAAGAAAGAUUUAAAGAUUCAGCGAGCGAGACACUUGUGAGAAUGGAGAACGAUAUGAAAGAGAUGAAAGAAAAGCUGGUUUCCCUGAUGGCUUCAGCAGAAGAAUGCAGAGAUCAAGGUAUUUUUGAUCCAACUGGGCUUAUCAAUGGAAUUCGCCAGCUGUACAAGACUCGCGAAGGAUGGCUUUCACCGUUUCCAUGGUGUGAAGAGUUUCAAUUUUUCCUUGGCAAUAUUUUUACAAGGCUCAAAGUGGUUAGAAGAAAGAAAACGAGAGGAAAAAUCACUGACGUAUUUGUUGACAUGUCGUCAAUACUGGACCCGUCUGAAGAGUGUUCAGCGCCCAGAACAGUGUUGAUUGAAGGAGAGCCUGGUAUGGGAAAAACCACCUAUUGUAAAAAGUAUGCCUACGACUGGGCCACAAAACGGCAAGAACCUCUGAGCCGCGGCUCCACAGCAUUCAUAGCAGAAUUAUUGCUGAAAUGUCGAGACAUCCAUUCCGAUGUUUGGGAAGCCAUUGAUGAUCAGCUUCUGCCCCGAGACAUCGAUGAAGAAGUCAAACAACAAUUCUUUCAGUUUAUUCGUGAAAAUCAGUCCAGCAUUUUGUUGAUAUUGGAUGGAUUGGAUGAGGUACCUUCCAGCAAAUUGUCGAUGUUUUCCGAAUUAAUUGAAGGAAGAGUACUCCCCAGAUGCCACAUAAUUGCAACAGCAAGACACGAAACUGGAAAAAAGGUGAGAAAAUGCUUUGACACGCUGCUUCAGAUCGAAGGAUUUAUUGAAACCCAUGUGGAAGAAUUUAUCACCAAGUAUUUUAAAGAAAGGCCGGAUUUAGCCAUCAAGCUCUCGGAACGGAUGUCGCAAGAUAAAAACCUGACAGAAAUGGCAGCCAAUCCUCUAAACACAGCACUUCUUUGCCUUUUAUGCGAAGAGUUUGAGGGCACACUACCCGAAAACAGAGCUCAACUGUAUUUGGAUAUGGUUGAAUGUGUUUUGAGAAGAUAUAGAAAAAAGAAGGGACUAUUACAACCGGAAGAGGACCUGAUAAACUUUUACAAACCACAGUUGAAUCACCUUGGGUGGGUAGCAUUGAAUGGUUUACUUAACGACAAGUUGGAUUUUAAUGAAAGGGAAUUGGGAAACUAUGCAAAAGAGUUGACUGAAUUUGGAUUUCUCUCAGUGCAGCCUGGUGGCAGCAAAUUGAGGCAAACACUGCAUUAUGCUUUCUUACAUAAAAGUUUUCAGGAAUGCUUCGCAGCAUUCUUUAUUUGUUCUCAGAUUCAAAGCAAUGAAUUAACACCUGAAGAACUAGUUUCCGAUCCAAGGUAUUUCGUUGAACUUAAACAAGUACUUUUGUUUUCAUGCGGAAUUUUAGCCAUGAAAUGCGACGAACAAGUUGUGGCUCUUGUAAAGAGUUUAACAGAUGAAGUCAACAAAAAUGCAGGCAAAGGUACAAAUGUUGUAUUGGAGGUGAUUGACGAAUGUACAAGAGAAAAAAGUGAUUUUCACUCACAGUUAGCAAGAUCAUUUGGAACUGGUUUGAAUCUGACUAGUUUCAAUUUGUCUCGUAAUGGUAUUAGUAAUGCCGGUGCUACAUCUAUUGCUGAGGCAAUCAAAGUCAACAAGACCCUAACCAAUUUGUGUUUGUCUGACAAUCGUAUUAGUGAUGCCGGUGCUACAUCGAUUGCUGAAGCAAUCAGAGUCAACAAGAAGCUAACCGAUUUGGAUUUGUCUGACAAUCGUAUUUGUGAUACCGGUGCUACAUCUAUUGCUGAGGCAAUCAGAGUCAACAAGACACUAACCAAUUUGAAUUUGUCGAACAAUGGUAUUAGUGAUGCCCGUGCUACAUCUAUUGCUGAGGCAAUCAAAGUCAACAAGACGCUAACCAAUUUGAAGCUGUCUCACAAUGACAUUACUGAUGCCGGUGCCACAUCUAUUGCUGAGACAAUUAAAGUCAACAAGACGCUAACCAAUUUGAAUUUGUCUGUCAAUCUUCUUAGUGAUGCCGGUGCUACAUCUAUUGCUGAGGCAAUCAAGGUCAACAAGACGUUAACUAAUUUGAAUUUGUUUAACAGUGGUAUUAGUGAUACCGGUGCUACAUCUAUUGCUGAGGCAAUCAAGGUCAACAAGACGCUAACUAGUUUGAAUUUGUCUCGUAAUCGUAUUAGUGGUACCGGUGCUACAUCUAUUGCUGAGGCCAUCAAAGUCAACAAGACGCUAACCAAUUUGGAGCUUGUCCGUCAGUGAUAUUGCCGGUGCUGCAUUUGUUGCUGGGCCAAACUAAGUUAGCAGGAAGCCAACCAAUUGGCAUUUGUCUUAGAAUAGUAUUAGUGAUGCCGAUGCUCCUUUUUAUGCCGAGGCAAUCAAAGUCAGCA